GUAAGUGGGAAAGUGAACGAGCGAGCUAAUUAGAAGCGACGGGAGCAAAGCGGACAGAAGGAGAAGGAAGAGCAAGAAGCAGACUUCAGAGCCCAAGACCCCUCCGCUGGAGAGAGACGCAGGAAGCGAUGAAAGAGAUGUCUGCGAAUACCAUGCUGGACAGCCAGCGCCAACAAAAGCACUAUGGAAUUACUUCUCCAAUUAGUUUGGCAUGUCCUAAAGAAAUUGAUCAUAUUUACACACAGAAGUUAAUUGAUGCAAUGAAACCAUUUGGAGUGUUUGAAGAUGAGGAAGAACUAAACCACAGGCUAGUUGUUCUUGGAAAAUUGAAUAAUUUAGUAAAAGAAUGGAUUUCUGAUAUCAGUGAGAGUAAGAAUCUUCCACCUUCUGUUGUGGCUACUGUUGGUGGUAAAAUUUUCACAUUUGGAUCCUAUAGACUUGGAGUACACACUAAAGGAGCUGAUAUUGAUGCACUCUGCGUAGCUCCAAGACAUGUGGAGAGAUCUGAUUUUUUUCAGUCUUUUUUUGAAAAACUGAAACAUCAAGAUGGCAUUAGGAACUUAAGAGCUGUAGAAGAUGCCUUUGUUCCUGUUAUAAAAUUUGAAUUUGAUGGUAUUGAAAUUGAUCUAGUCUUUGCAAGACUGGCAAUACAAACCAUUUCAGAUAAUUUAGAUCUAAGAGAUGACUCUCGACUGAGAAGCCUUGAUAUACGGUGUAUUCGCAGCCUAAAUGGAUGUAGAGUUACUGAUGAAAUUUUGCAUUUAGUGCCAAAUAAAGAAACUUUCAGACUCACCUUAAGAGCAGUCAAAUUGUGGGCAAAACGACGUGGUAUUUAUUCCAACAUGCUUGGAUUCCUUGGAGGUGUCUCUUGGGCAAUGCUUGUUGCAAGAACUUGCCAACUGUAUCCAAAUGCAGCAGCUUCUACUUUAGUUCAUAAAUUCUUUUUAGUUUUUUCUAAGUGGGAAUGGCCAAAUCCUGUACUUUUGAAGCAACCAGAAGAAAGCAACUUGAAUUUGCCUGUCUGGGAUCCCCGGGUAAAUCCAUCAGAUAGGUAUCAUCUCAUGCCCAUAAUCACCCCUGCCUACCCACAACAGAAUUCUACGUAUAAUGUGUCCACAUCAACUCGAACAGUAAUGGUAGAAGAAUUUAAACAAGGUCUCGCAGUCACAGAUGAAAUUCUUCAAGGGAAAUCAGAUUGGUCCAAACUACUUGAACCACCAAAUUUCUUUCAAAAAUAUAGACAUUACAUAGUGUUGACUGCCAGUGCAUCAACAGAAGAACACCAUCUAGAAUGGGUUGGAUUAGUAGAAUCAAAGAUUCGUGUACUAGUUGGAAACUUGGAACGUAAUGAGUUUAUUACUCUCGCCCAUGUAAAUCCCCAAUCAUUCCCAGGAAAUAAGGAGCAUCAUAAAGACAACAACUAUGUAUCAAUGUGGUUCCUCGGAAUAAUUUUUCGGAGAGUAGAAAAUGCGGAAAGUGUUAACAUAGACUUGACAUAUGAUAUACAGUCAUUUACUGAUACAGUAUACAGACAGGCAAACAACAUUAACAUGUUAAAGGAGGGAAUGAAAAUUGAAGCUACUCAUGUAAAGAAAAAACAACUUCAUCACUACCUUCCAGCAGAGAUUCUUCAAAAGAAGAAAAAACAAAGUCUCUCUGAUGUCAGUAGAAGUGGACUUCAAUCCAAAAGAUCAUCUCUGGAUAGCAACUGUCUGGAUAGCUCCAGAGACACUGAUAAUGGGACACCUUUUAAUUCCCCAGUGUCUACAGACAAACCUUCCAAACCUCAGGGUCCUCCUGCAGGGGAAACAGAAAGGAAUAAUACUGAACCUGCUGCUAUAAUUGUGGAGAAACCACUGAGUGUCCCACCAGCUCAAGGACUAUCUAUUCCAGUCAUUGGUGCAAAAGUUGACUCUACUGUAAAAGCAGCAUCACCCCCAGCUGUAUGUACCAUUCCAACUGUUGUUGGGCGAAAUGUCAUUCCUCGAAUUACAAUACCCCACAAUCCUGCCCAGGGACAAUCACACCUCAAUGGAAUAUCAAAUAUAACUAAAAAUGUUACACCCAAAAGAUCUCAUUCACCGUCCAUAGAUGGGACUUCCAAGAGGUUGAAAGACAUAGAAAAGUUUAUUCGACUUGAAUCAGCCUUUAAGGAUUCUCAUGCUGCUGAAGAGAGAAAAAGAAAAUCACUGGAUGCUAAUGGAGGAGAAUCUAUGCCUAUCCCAACUAUUGAUACAUCACGCAAAAAGAGACUACCUAGCAAAGAACUACCAGAUUCAUCAUCACCAGUUCCAGCAAAUAAUAUCCGUGUCAUCAAAAAUUCCAUUCGACUGACCCUUAAUCGGUAAAAGCAGUGCCUCCUCACUUAAAGGAACAUGCAAUCAUUUAGUGGCAUAGACAGCCAUUCUUUUCAGAAUAGAGGUGGCUGUCAUACAUUAAAAAAGGUGAAAGUUGCAGUCAUCAGCCAGUCAACCUUGAAGUGGUUUUUGAACUCUCAAACUUUCACCUGCAGAUGCUGUAGCAUUCUCAGAUUGCUACAUACACUUCUGAAGAUCACCUGCUAUCAAAUUGUCAUCUACAGUAUUAUGGCUUUGCAUUUGGAGGUUUUACUGCCUUAAUUUUCAAUGCUUGUUUCUCUGUUUUGGGAACCAGUUCUUGGUCACAUGGAUACUGUUAAAAAAAAAAAAAAAAAUCCCGAAUUCCUUUUUUUUUUUUGCAGUCUUAUGUCUGUAAUCAUUGUAUAGAGCUUUAAAAAAUUGAAAACAAACAAAAAAAAAUUGUAAUUUUCCAAAUGUUAACAAAUUUACUUUUGCAUUGAAGCCACUUUGUGAAACCCAAGAUGAAUGAAUGUGAGAUCUCUUUUCUGCUUUCCUUGGUUUUGUAAAUGUACUGUCUGUUCUGUUGAUUUAAAUUAUUUUUUCCAGAUUGACACAUAGAAUAUUUAAACUUUUAUUAUUUUUUUAUGCCUUUCUGUCCAAAUGUUGCAUAGUUACCAAGGAGAAAAUCCAGUGAUUAAGUAAGAGUUGGGCACCAUAAAUUCUGUUUUGCCUCCCAUGGAGGCCUUUGAAAUGCAUCCUUAUUAAAAAUCAACAUAUAGCCAGGAUACUGAAAGUCAGUAUAUGAAUGGUGAAAUUGUCAUAAAUCCUGGCUCAUGCCAUUCUAGUUAGUUGAUUGGUACUUUUUCUGAGGAGCAGUGAUUCCCAGCAUCAACAAUGAGAUACUUUUAAGUAUGGCAAACUUGUAUUUUGAGGUGUAACAUUAACUUGGCAUAAUAAUUCCAGACCAUAAUUUACCCUACAACUUCAAACAGUUUCUUCACAGACUAGGCAUGCAGAAUAAGCAGUGGUUUUUAUUAAAACCUAAAGGCAUUUUUGAGUGACAUUGUUACCAACCAUUAAUUGGCUCAGGACCUUUGUAAAUUUUAUUUGAUUAUAUGAGUUAUCUUUUUUUACACUGCUUUUUUCAAUGCAUUUCUUAAUAUUUUUUAAGUUUCAUGAAUGCAUGCUCAGUUUAUGAAAACCCAUAACCAUGUAACUCUUGUAAUAUGUUGAUUCAGUGUUUUGUAAAUGAAGUCGUAUGUAUUUUCAGAGUAUUUUUGUAUGUACUGUAAGAUACCAUCUUUUCAAAGAGAAACCUUUAAAACCUU